AUGGGUGGCUCUGAGGUGAACCUGAACCACCACCAAACGCGCGGGAGGACUGCUUCGUCCAGGAAGCCAUCCCAGAAGACGCCGGCCGCCAAGUCGAAGGGAAAGGGGCGGCCCAGGUCGGCGACCCGCAAGAAGAAGGCUCUACACACGACGUGUCCAUCCACGGCGAGUACGGCAGCCAACAAACGGUAG